CACGAGAGGCACCUCCUCAGGCCCCAGGGUCCCGCUUUUCACCCGCUCUCUCACCUGCGACAAUUUCCGUUCCAAGCCUCUCAAAGUCCGAUACCUGGGAUUUGCUCGUCGGAUACGAAUCGAACUGCCUAACCAGGCGUGCACCAACACCACCCCAACCGACCAUCUAGAUACGCUAUAUACGUCGGUGCUUGUGCGCGGCCGAAGACGCCUGCUUGUCGUAAUACAUAUAGCAAGAUUGAAUUUUGCACCAUGUCCGUGUUCCAAAAAGGUAGUAUCGCUCUGAUUACGGGCGGUUCUAGCGGGAUUGGUCUGGCGGUUGCGCAACUCUGUCUGAAACAUCAGAUGCGAGUUGCUAUUGUGGAUCGCAACACCGAAACGCUGAAGCUUGCGAGUCAAACUCUGGAUUCGAAAGAUGUUGAAACAUUUAACCUAGACGUGUCAAAAGAACAGGAUUGGAAGGGCAUGAAAGAGAGCGUGGAGAAGAAGUUUGGAGAGGUUGACUUUUUGAUGCUUAACGCUGGGGUUGGGGGGAAGGGGACUUGGGGUGAUUCGGACUACUUCCAUAAGAUCAUGGACACGAACCUCUUCGGAGUGGUCAACGGGCUCAACGCCUUUGUUCCAUCUUUCCAAAAACGAGCAAUGUCCAACACUAAGCCAUCUGCGAUCGUCAUUACAGGCAGCAAACAAGGAAUCACGAAUCCACCUGGCAAUGCAGCGUACAAUGCAAGUAAGGCCGCUGUAAAGACCUUAGCCGAGCAUCUCAGUUUCGACCUAAGGGAGGUGAAGACGUCUGUGCAUUUACUAGUUCCCGGGUGGACGUUCACAGGUCUGUCCGGUAACUACCCCGGCGACUCCAAGCCUAAGCCCAACGGCGCCUGGGACCCGUCCCAAGUCGCCGACUACAUGUAUCAAAAGAUGUCCGACGGCAAGUUCUACAUAAUUUGUCCGGACGACGACGUCAGCGAGACAACAGAUAAGAAACGAAUGUUGUGGGGUGUGGGGGAUAUUGUGGAUGGCAGGCCGCCGUUGACGAGGUGGCGGCCAGAGUUUAAGGAGGAGGCUGAGAAGUGGAUGAAGGAGUGUGACGUUUGAAUGACGCGUACUGCGCCUUUCUUAU